AUAUAACAAUUUCUAUAUAGAAAAUUCAACGAAAAACCAACCAAAAAAUUACAAGGAUAUAAGUGCACUAAUAACAACAACAACAACAGCAGGAAAAUUUCAAAUUCCAAAUUAAAAAAGAAAAAAAUAUAGCAAAGUUAAGAAAAAUUUUGCAAGUGAAAACCAAAGUGUUCGUUAAAAAAAAAAUAAAAAUAAAUAUAUAAAGAAAACGCGAAAAGUUUGCUCACACAACAAAAUUAAAGGAUAAAUCCUUGCUUCGAAUUCAUGCCGCUGGCUGAACAAUUAGCCAGCAUUUGGCAGGAGCAGCAGCAGGAACAGCAGCAGCAGCAGCAGGAGCAACAGCAGCAGCAGCGGCUGGAGCAGAAGAAGAUUCCAAGAUAAUAAAAAACGCCAACAAUUUGUUUAGGAUGAUGAUGGGGCCAUGAGCCCAUCAUUUGUCGCAUUGAUUAGGAGUCGCAAGCGCGUCUCAAGCGGGCCUGCACCAUGCUAGCACCGCCGAACCCGAGGUCAAUAUGCGGCCAGGACCCGGGCUGGUCGUGAUGGCGCUUGCGUUUAUUUCGGGGGCUCGGCGUGGCAGCAGCAGCAGCAGCACAACAACCACCAUAACAAGUGGAUUAGAAGGAGAAGGAGUAGGUGGAGAAGGUGCCACUUUACCGUCCAGCUACGACGAAUCAAGAGCGGCAGCAGCAGCAGCAGCACCAGCAGCUUUAACAGCUCCAGGAGGAGUAGGAGCAGGCGGCAGUAACGGCAUUAGCUCUGGCUCAUUUUGGUUGCCCGUUUAUCUGCCGCCACCGUCGUCGUCGUCGUCGUCGCCGCCGCCGCCGCCUAAUCAUCUACAACUGGACAAAUACAAUCCACGGCCUACGACACAAAUUGCCUCAAAUUUGCCCAGCUCCAGGCGACGUAGAAGACGCAAUAUUGAGGCGGCGGAAGACGGGGAGGAGGAGGAGGAGGCGGCGGCGGUGGUGGAAUCUGGUGGCCUCCCCGUUCAGUUCUCGUCCUCUUCUUCGCAAGCCCUUGACGAGGACGAGGAUAUCUUUGCCUUGGUGGCCGAAGACGAUUUGUUAUCGGAAGAGUCUUUCCAACGUUUGAUCAAACUUAGCGAGAAGCAAGAGGAUCAAGAAGACGAACAACAACAACAACAACAGGAGCCAUACGACGAUCAAGAGCAAGAGCAGGAAGAAGAAGAGGAUUAUAAACAAGAGGAUUAUAAGCAACAACAACAGCAGCAGGACGAGGAGAGUCGCCUCAUUGAUGAUAGUGAGUUGCAAUUGUCUCACAACGAUAACAACAACAACAACAAUAAAAGAGAAGCCUCUGAGAGCUUCAGCCACCAUCUAUUGGAUGCUGCUCAGACAGCCCAAUUGAUUGGCCACAAAGAUACCUCAGUGGCCACCAGCACAGAGUCAUCAUCUACAUCAGAAACAGACUCCUUGCCACCAGCUCCCAUCGAUCUAAAGAAAUCCAUUCUAGGCACCACUGCGUCCUCAUUGACACGCCUUAAUCCUUGGAUAUCAGCUUGUGAUCUGGCACAGCCCACUGGCACAGGCACUGAUCUACAGGGUCAGUGCUCGGCUGGAACAUUACCAAUGGCCUGGGUGGAUGAGGGACCAGGUCCCCCAAUUUGUCCACGUUCCUGUGCAGCUGAACCACAGCAGCCGAUAGAAACCUCUGCCUCCUACUCCGAUGCGAAUUGGAGUGAUAAUAAUAAAGUCAAGUAUUUCAUAAAUGCCAAAACAUUGAAGAUGCGUUUAAGCAACAACCAAAAAGUAACAACAAACUAUAAGCCCAUGUCCAGAGUAAGGCGUAACAAGGAUAUUGAAGCAACAUCAGCAGCAGCAGCAGCCAGCACACCUGCAGCUACUGAGCUGCCAUCAACCACUGAAAUGGAAAUGGAUAUUGAUGAUAAUGCUGAGCUAAUGUCAUCCACAGUGGCCACAACUACGAUAGCUAGCCAAGAAGAGGGCGAUGAGCAAGAGCAGGAGCAGCAAGAGGAGGAGCUGGGUUCUGAAUCAGAACCUGAGCAGGGGCUGGAGCAGCAGCAGGAGGAUUCAAUGCCAACGCUAUCCUACAGUCAUCUGCAUGUGGAGCAAUCACAGGCUGAGGAACAGCGACAACAGCCGCAACAACAGUGCCUUGACUAUCUGGGCGAUGCAGCCGAGACAAGUCCACAGCAUUUGUGCUCAUUGCGUUCACCUGGCCAGCUUUUGGAGCGGCUCCGUUCGCUCCGUUUACGCAAUUGCUGCGAACGUAGCGUGUUCAGUGCCCUCCAUACUAUAGCCCUAAAUGCCACACUAACGGAUCGUUCCGAGUGCAUACGCAUCCUCAAGGAUCUACUCGAUGUGGACUCGCUGGCCAAUCGCAUUACCUGUGAGCUGGCCGAGAUACUGUUUCGUUUUGAUUGCCGGCAAGUUUAUUCGCUGAUCAACCAGUGCGACGAUUGCAAGGAAGCAUAUCGUCGUUGGGUAUGCAGUACUCUAGUGCCAUAUUUUGCCGAGCCAAAGGAUGUUGCUCCCGUGGCUGCUGCUGGUGCUGCUGCAAAUGCCAAUGACCAGCAGCAGAGCAAAUCAACAGUAAAACGUUCGCCAAGGAAUGCAGCAGCAGCAGCCGCCGUCACAGAGGCAGGAAUGGGGCGGCAGGAGAUUGGCAUUCAGCAUAAAUCUCUGAAAUUAAUCAGCAAUAACAAUAAAUCAAAUAAUGGCAAUAACAUGAACGGGCAUCAGAUUAAUCAACAGCAACAGCAGAACGCGAAAUCAGCCAACAGCAAGGACAAUGGCCAACAGCAGGAUAAGUUCAUUGACAGGCAACUGGCUCAAACAUUUUACAAUGUUGUUGGCUUGGCCAAGGCCGUUCACCAAUCUGAUACUGAACGUGAACAAUACCAACAGCAGCAACAGCAACAACAGCAACAACAGCAACAACAACAACAAUCCAAUAACUUCAUAUCGACUGCCAAUAAUUCGGAUCCCAGAGCAAUGGAUCCAGUGAUAUCAAAACUGCAAAAGAGAUCAACACGCAAGGCAGAGUUACGCAAACGACGUCGGAUUCGUCCCUGCCUGAGCGUCUGCCAAACAGUGGAACAAAAGUGCCCCUAUCUGCUGCCCGCCGAUCGCGCCCCCGCGCUGCCCACCCAAUAUGCCGGUGAACCGACAUUUCUCUGCCUAGAUCAAAAUAUACCCGAAACCGGCGAGCAGCUGAAGAAAUCGAGUUAUGGCCCCAACGAUUGCUGCUAUAGCUACUGCAAUGGGCCCUUUGAGGGCAUUUGCACAAUAUGCCCGAACUUUGCAUCGCAAAGUGAAACCACCUCAUCCACCGCAGCGAAUGCCACACGUCCACGUGUCCAUAAUAUAACGCUCACAUUGAGCUCACCGGCGGGCGAACAUGCCCGUGCCAAGAGUGUGGCCCUGGCCCUGAGGAAUGUAACCAAAGUGCAGCAGCAGCAGCAACAGAGUGUGGACAAUGAAGCAGCCUUGCUGGAACGUUUGCCCUAUUAUGCCUAUCAUGACAGUGUCUACUAUUAUGAUGAAGAUGGUGAUAUGCCAGAGGCACCAUUAAGUGGCGGCUGUGCCACAGUGCCGACUGUGACAAGUCGCUGUACGAUUCCAUAUUAUGCCUCCGGAACGGAGGCAACAUCAAAGCCACUGCCCAGUACGAAAUUAUUAAUCUGGCUAAGCGCUCUACUAGGACUACUAAGCAGUUGUAGGGGAGGUGUAGCGGCAUCUCUGGCUGGUGUAACAGCACAAGGACGAACAAAGGGAGCUGGAGGAUUGAGGCGUCAUCAUCAUCAUCAUCAACAUCCUCAUCAUCAUCAUGAGUGUGCAAAUUGUAGAGCACAAAAUCAUGAGCAGGAGAUCAGGCAAAUCGAUGAUGGGCAACCAUUAAUAGUUGCCAUAACGAAAAGGAAUCGACAGCAGCAGCAGCAGUAUCAGGACCACAACCAGCAAUGGCCAGGGAAAUGGUCUUGGGCGUGGGUAUGGGCAUGGGCGUGGUCAUUGAAUAUUACUUAUAAGCUAACAUUAAAAUGUGGCAGCAACCACCAUCAUAAUACUCAUUGUCGCAGUCGAAGUAAAUUUAAAUGUAAGCCAAAACCAAAACCAAAGUCUAGCAUAGAAAUCGAUGGAUCGACGAGAAUUGGCAAUGGCAGCGAGUUGAUUUGCAUUAGGACUAGAAACUAUCGUUAUUUCUACUACUACAACUAUAACAUAAACGAUUGGUGGCGAAGAUGGUGGUGGCUCUAUAUGAAAAGCGACAGCCAACGUUGCGCCUUAUAGUGCCUGCAACACGUAUGCGGACAGCUACUAAUUAAAAACAAAAGAGAAACGUAAAAAAUAUAUA